CACGUUGCACGCGCUUAUAUUGGGAGCCCCCGCUCGUUUCCCCGACAGAACGGCUCUCUAACGGCCGCUCAGAACGUGCCGCCAGAAGUAGUCCGUCCGCCGCCGAACCAACAACAAACCCCGAAGGCAAACGACAGGAAGAAGAGGAGCAGUCCUCCCCUCCCACCGAAGAAGAAGCGAGACCUCGCAAGGGAACCUGUGAGUGCCACGGCAUCAGUUUACCACGAGUAGAGCCCAGAAGAAGUAGCAAAGAUGCCAGCAGUGAAGAAGCAGGAGGGAGAGGAUCCCGAUCCGACCCCGUACCUCUUCGUCUCCCUCGAGCAGAAGAGGAUCGACCAGACGAAACCCUAUGACGCGAAAAAGGCGUGCUGGGUGCCUGACGAGAAGGAGGGCUACCUCCUUGGCGAGAUCAAAGCCACCAAGGGCGAUGUCGUCAGCGUCGGCUUGCCCGGCGGCGAGACCAAGGACUUCAAGAAGGACCAGCUGCAGCAGGUGAACCCGCCCAAGUAUGAGAAAGCCGAAGACAUGUCUAAUUUGACCUACCUCAACGAUGCUUCGGUCCUCCACAACUUGAAGCAACGUUACUACGCCCAGCUCAUCUACACCUACUCUGGCUUGUUCUGCGUGGCCAUUAAUCCCUACAAAAGAUUCCCCGUGUAUACGGGGAGGUGCGCCAAACUGUACCGCGGCAAGAGGCGUAGCGAAGUGCCACCGCACAUUUUUGCUAUCUCUGACGGAGCCUACGUCAACAUGCUUACCAACAGCGAGAAUCAGUCUAUGUUGAUCACCGGUGAGUCUGGUGCCGGAAAGACUGAGAACACGAAGAAAGUAAUUGCGUAUUUCGCCACCGUCGGUGCGUCGACCAAGAAGGAGGAGAAGGAAGCCGACAAGAAGAAGGGCUCCCUGGAGGACCAGGUCGUCCAAACCAAUCCCGUACUGGAAGCCUUUGGUAACGCCAAGACCGUCCGUAACGAUAACUCCUCACGUUUCGGUAAAUUCAUCCGUAUUCACUUCGGCCCCUCUGGAAAACUGGCUGGUGCCGACAUUGAGACCUAUCUGCUGGAGAAGGCCCGUGUCAUCUCCCAACAGACCCUUGAGCGUUCUUACCACAUCUUCUACCAGAUGAUGUCUGGAUCAGUCAAGAACCUGAAAGAAAACUGUUUCUUGUCCAACAACAUAUACGACUAUGUCAACGUGUCCCAAGGAAAGAUCACGAUCCCCAACGUCGACGAUGGCGAGGAAUGUCAAUUGACGGACCAAGCCUUCGACGUGUUGGGCUUCACCCAGGAGGAAAAGGAUAACAUCUACAAGAUCACCGCGGCCGUCAUGCAUAUGGGUGGCAUGAAAUUCAAGCAAAGGGGUCGUGAGGAGCAGGCUGAGGCCGAUGGUACUGAGGAAGGUGAGCGCGUGGCGAAGUUGCUUGGCUGCGACUGUGCCGAUCUUUACAAGAACUUGCUGAAGCCAAGGAUCAAGGUCGGUAACGAGUUCGUCACCCAGGGUCGUAACAAGGACCAGGUAGCCUACUCCGUAGGUGCCAUGUCGAAGGCGAUGUUCGACAGACUGUUCAAGUGGCUGGUGAAAAAAUGUAACGAGACCCUGGAUACCAAGCAGAAGAGGCAGCACUUUAUCGGUGUACUGGAUAUUGCCGGUUUCGAGAUCUUCGACUACAACGGCUUUGAGCAACUCUGCAUCAACUUUACCAACGAGAAGUUGCAGCAGUUCUUCAAUCACCACAUGUUCGUGCUCGAGCAAGAGGAGUAUAAGAAGGAGGGCAUCGAUUGGGUUUUCAUUGACUUCGGCAUGGACUUGCUAGCUUGUAUCGAGCUGAUCGAAAAGCCUAUGGGUAUCCUCUCCAUUCUUGAAGAAGAGUCUAUGUUCCCCAAGGCCACUGACAAGACCUUCGAGGAGAAGCUGAACAACAACCAUCUCGGCAAGAGUCCGAACUUCCUGAAGCCCAAGCCGCCUAAACCUGGCCAACAAGCGGCUCACUUUGCCAUUGGCCAUUAUGCUGGCAACGUGCCGUACAACAUCACCGGCUGGCUUGAGAAGAACAAGGACCCGCUGAACGAUACGGUGGUCGACCAAUUCAAGAAGUCCACCAACAAACUGCUAAUAGAGAUCUUCGCCGAUCAUCCCGGUCAAUCCGGUGACGCCGGUGGUGGUGGUGGCGGCGGCGGCAAGGGCGGACGUGGUAAGAAGGGCGGUGGCUUCUCCACUGUGUCGUCCUCUUACAAGGAGCAGUUGAACAACCUGAUGACCACCCUGCGUGCCACUCAACCCCACUUCGUCCGUUGCAUUAUCCCUAAUGAGUUGAAGCAACCGGGCGUAAUUGAUUCCCAUCUGGUCAUGCAUCAGCUCACCUGUAACGGUGUGCUUGAAGGCAUCCGUAUCUGUCGUAAAGGUUUCCCCAACAGGAUGGUGUAUCCUGACUUCAAACUACGAUACAAGAUCCUGGCGCCUGCGGCGUGUGAGAAGGCAAAGGAGCCUAAGGAAGCGGCUGGAGCUAUCUUGGAGUCUAGCGGUCUCGACCCUGAUAUGUAUCGUCUUGGACACACCAAGGUAUUCUUCCGUGCCGGAGUCCUGGGUCAGAUGGAGGAGCUCCGUGACGAACGUCUCGGCAAAAUCGUGUCUUGGAUGCAAGCUUACGUCAGAGGUUACAUCUCCCGUAAAGAUUACAAGAAACUUCAGGAACAACGCUUGGCCCUUGUGGUUGUCCAGAGAAAUCUGAGAAAGUACCUUCAACUCCGCACUUGGCCGUGGUGGAAGUUGUGGCAGAAGAUCAAGCCUCUUCUCAAUGUCACUCGCAUCGAGGACGAGAUUGCCGCGCUGGAGGAGAAAGCCAGGAAGGCGCAGGAGGCCUUCGAGAGGGAAGAAAAGUUGCGCAAGGAACUGGAGGAGUUGAACACCAAGCUCCUCUCCGAGAAGACCAACCUGCUGCGCCAACUGGAGGGUGAGAAGGGCUCGCUCUCUGACUACCAGGAGAAGUCGCUGAAAUUGUCCGCGCAAAAGGCCGACCUCGAAUCACAGCUCCAGGACCUCACUGACAGAUUCAAGGAAGAAGAGGACGCGAGGAACAACCUCUUCCAGAACAAGAAGAAACUCGAACAAGAAGUCUCCGGUCUAAAGAAGGAUAUCGAAGACCUCGAACUAAACCUGCAAAAAUCUGAGCAGGAUAAGGCGACAAAGGACCAUCAAAUCAGAAACUUGAACGACGAGAUCGCCCAUCAAGACGAGCUCAUCAAUAAACUCAACAAAGAGAAAAAGAACCAGGGCGAAGUUAAUCAAAAGACCGCCGAGGAGCUCCAAGCCGCCGAAGACAAAGUCAACCACCUCAACAAAGUUAAACUCAAGCUCGAGCAGACUCUCGACGAGCUCGAGGACUCUCUCGAACGUGAGAAGAAAUCACGUGCUGACGUAGAGAAGGCGAAGAGAAAGGUGGAAGGCGACUUGAAGCUCACACAGGAAGCCGUCGCUGAUCUCGAGAGGAACAAGAAGGAACUCGAACAAACCAUCCAGCGCAAGGACAAAGAGCUCUCGUCCUUGACUGCCAAGCUUGAGGACGAGCAGUCUCUCGUUGGCAAACUGCAGAAACAGAUUAAGGAAUUGCAGGCCCGCAUCGAAGAACUCGAGGAAGAGGUUGAGGCAGAACGUGGAGGACGCGCUAAGGCUGAGAAACAGCGCAGCGAUCUUGCCCGCGAGCUCGAGGAGCUCGGCGAACGCUUGGAGGAGGCCGGCGGUGCUACUUCUGCUCAGAUCGAGCUGAACAAGAAGCGCGAGGCCGAACUCAGCAAGCUCCGCAGAGACCUCGAGGAGGCUAACAUUCAACAUGAGUCCUCCCUGGCAAGCUUGCGCAAGAAGCACAAUGACGCUGUCGCCGAGAUGGGCGAGCAGAUCGACACCCUCAACAAGCUUAAGCUAGGUAAGGUUGAGAAGGAGAAAGUACAGUACUACAGCGAGUUGAACGACUUGCGUACUUCCUGCGAUCACCUGAGCAACGAGAAGGCCGCGCAAGAAAAGAUCGUCAAGCAAUUGCAGCACCAAUUGAACGAGACUCAAGGCAAGCUCGAGGAAGUGAACCGCACGUUGAACGACUUCGACGCCGCGAAGAAGAAGCUGUCGAUUGAGAACAGCGACCUGUUGCGCCAAUUGGAAGAGGCCGAGUCGCAGGUGAGCCAGCUGUCGAAGAUCAAGAUCUCGCUGACCACGCAGCUGGAGGACACGAAGAGGCUCGCGGACGAGGAGUCGCGUGAGCGCGCCACUCUGCUUGGCAAGUUCCGCAACUUGGAGCACGAUCUGGACAACAUCCGCGAGCAGGUGGAAGAGGAGGCGGAGGGCAAGGCCGAUCUGCAGCGUCAACUCAGCAAGGCAAACGCCGAGGCGCAACUGUGGCGCACCAAAUACGAGUCGGAGGGCGUCGCCCGGGCUGAGGAGCUUGAGGAGGCGAAGAGGAAGCUGCAGGCCAGGCUCGCCGAGGCCGAGGAGACCAUCGAGUCGCUCAACCAGAAGGUCAUCGCUCUGGAGAAGACCAAGCAGCGCCUGUCCACCGAAGUGGAGGAUCUGCAGAUCGAAGUGGACCGCGCCACUGCCAUCGCCAAUGCCGCCGAAAAGAAGCAGAAGGCCUUCGACAAGAUCAUCGGCGAAUGGAAGCUCAAGGUCGACGACCUCGCCGCCGAACUGGAUGCCAGCCAGAAGGAAUGCCGCAACUACAGCACCGAGCUCUUCAGGCUCAGAGGUGCAUACGAGGAAGGGCAGGAACAACUGGAGGCAGUGCGUCGCGAGAACAAGAACCUCGCCGACGAGGUGAAAGAUUUGUUGGACCAGAUUGGCGAAGGUGGCCGCAACAUUCACGAGAUCGAGAAGGCCAGGAAGCGCCUGGAGGCUGAGAAGGACGAGCUCCAGGCCGCUCUGGAGGAAGCCGAAGCCGCUCUCGAACAAGAGGAGAACAAGGUGCUGCGCAGCCAGCUCGAGCUCAGCCAAGUCAGACAGGAGAUCGAUCGUCGCAUUCAAGAGAAGGAAGAGGAAUUCGAGAACACCAGGAAGAAUCACCAGCGCGCUCUCGAUUCCAUGCAAGCCUCCCUCGAAGCGGAAGCCAAGGGCAAAGCUGAGGCGCUGCGCAUGAAGAAGAAGUUGGAAGCCGACAUCAACGAGUUGGAGAUUGCACUGGAUCACGCAAACAAGGCGAAUGCCGAGGCGCAGAAGAACAUCAAACGAUACCAGCAACAGCUCAAGGACGUGCAGACCGCUCUCGAAGAGGAACAGAGAGCGCGCGACGAGGCCCGAGAGCUUCUCGGCAUCUCAGAACGUCGCGCCAACGCUCUGCAGAACGAGCUCGAGGAAAGCCGCACUCUUCUCGAACAGGCCGACCGCGGUCGCCGCCAGGCCGAACAGGAGCUUGCCGAUUGCCACGAGCAGCUGAACGAAUUGAGCGCCCAGAACGCUUCCAUUUCCGGCGCCAAGAGGAAACUCGAGGCCGAACUGCAAACUCUCCACUCCGAUCUGGACGAGUUGUUGAACGAGGCGAAGAAUUCAGAAGAGAAGGCGAAGAAGGCAAUGGUGGACGCCGCCAGAUUGGCGGACGAAUUGCGCGCCGAGCAAGAUCAUGCCCAGACCCAAGAGAAGCUGCGCAAGGCUCUGGAGACGCAGAUAAAGGAGCUGCAGGUGCGCUUGGACGAGGCCGAGGCGAACGCUCUGAAGGGCGGCAAGAAGGCCAUCCAGAAAUUGGAGCAACGCGUACGCGAAUUGGAGAACGAGCUCGAUGGCGAGCAAAGGAGACACGCCGAUGCCCAGAAGAAUCUGCGCAAGUCCGAGCGCCGUAUCAAGGAGCUGAGCUUCCAGGCGGACGAGGACCGUAAGAACCACGAGCGCAUGCAGGAUCUGGUUGACAAGCUCCAGCAGAAGAUCAAGACGUACAAGAGGCAGAUUGAGGAGGCGGAGGAGAUCGCCGCGCUGAAUCUCGCCAAGUUCCGCAAGGCGCAGCAGGAGCUCGAGGAGGCCGAGGAGAGGGCGGACCUCGCCGAGCAGGCCAUCACCAAGUUCCGCACUAAGGGACGCGGCGGAAGUGCCGCGCGUGGACUCAGCCCGGUGCCACACCGACCUGCGUUAAGACCCCACUUGGGAGCUCUCGCUCGGAGCUCUCAACGGCAUCGUCAUCUCGCGAUCGAUCAAUCAUCGCAUCCGGAUCACGUAUUUUCGUCACCUUCCUCGUUGGUAAUUUUUUUUUGCAAUCGGUCAAGAAGAAAAAAAAACAAACAUUAACGCUCGCUCGAAAAGGGGAGGAUGGAAGAAGAGGAUGAGGAGGGCGAGGGGGUAGUGCGUCACCGCUUGAGCUGACGGUCGAGGGAGAGAGAGAGAGAGAGUGGGAGAGUGAGAGUGGGAGAGCAAGAGAGAUCGAGCGAGAGGACACGCGAGCGGACGAUGAGAGGGCGAGAGCCAGCGAAAGAUAUAUUAAUAUUUACACACACGCAUACACAGGAAAUAAAGGGAAAAAAAGCGAUAAAUUACACAUACAUAUUAUGCUCUUGCGAAAUACAUGACAAUAACGAGCAAAAGUUGAACGCAAAUGAUAAAAGAGUAAAAAAAAAAAAAAUACAAGUUAUACUCGCGAGAAGAAACGUAUCGCGUGAACGAAGCGAAUCGCGAUAAUCAACAGCGCGUAUCACGUGUCAUCCAGAUGAUAUCGUAUCCUAUAAACUUAAUUGUAAUUUAUAAAGAGAGACGAAGUAUGUAUUUAUUAAAGUAAAUAAGCAAUAAAGAUAAGAACUAAA